CCGCGGACCUGGCCUCAACCCGGAGAGUUUGACUUUUCAGGGGCCCCCGAACCCACCGCCGUGAAUGAGCCACUGACGCCUCGUCUCCUCCCGCCCCACUCCCUCCACUUUCCGCUGCCAGGACAGGGCCGGGCGGGGGCCAGCGGUGGCGGCGGGAUGUUCUCCAAGAAGCCGCACGGGGACGUCAAGAAGUCCACUCAGAAGGUGCUGGACACCAAGAAGGACGCACUGACCCGGCUAAAGCACCUGCGCAUCGUGAUAGAGAAUGCUGAAUCUAUUGACCUUAAACAAUUUUUUGACCAACAUUUUUCACAUAUAUAUUAUGUGUUCUUUGAAAAUUUUGUGACCAUUGAAGUUAGUCUUAAACAGAAAGGUCACAAGUCUCAAAGGGAAGAAUUAGAUGGUAUACUCUUUAUUUUUGAAAAAAUUUUACAACUUCUUCCAGAAAGGAUUCAUCAGCGAUGGCAGUUUCACAGUAUUGGAUUGAUUUUAAAGAAACUCCUUCACACAGGAAACUCCUUAAAGAUCAGGCGUGAAGGUGUCCGUCUCUUCUUGCUAUGGUUACAAGCUCUUCAGAAUAACUGCAGUAAAGAACAGCUCUGGAUAUUUUCUUGCUUAGUUCCUGGAUUUGCCUCACCACUGUCUGAAUAUGGACCUCGGACUUUAGAUAAUCUCAUUAAUCCCCCACUUAACCUUCAAGAAACCCAAGUGACUAUAGAAGAAAUCACUCCUCUUGUCCCUCCACAAUCAGGAGAUAAAGGACAAGAAGACCUCACAAGUUAUUUUCUAGAAGCACUUUUGAAAUAUAUGGUUAUUCAGGUAAAGAGUUUGGAAUGGAAGAACAAAGAAAAUCAGGAAAAGGGAUUUUCAUUCUUGUUUUCACACUUUAAAAAAUACUACUUGCCUUAUAUUUUCCCAAACAUCUGCAAGGAGAACACCUUAUAUCACCCUGCACUUGAUAUCCCACAGAUGAGACCAAAGCCACAUUAUAUAAUGAUAAAGAAGGAUGUUGAAACCAAUGAAACAAUUUAUUGCACAAAGGAGCCUUUCCUCAAGGCUCGUGUUAUUGUCAUUCGUUGGCUGGUUUCUUUCUGGCUUGAGCCAAAACCUCAUACAGGACCUCAUAUUCCUGGAAUAGAAGGUGAAAUCUUGCCAAAGAAUAUUCAGAGGGCAGCUGCUGGUUUGGCUUCUAGAGAAGAAAACAAAAAUGACAGUUCUGAUAGAGCAGAAAGAACUACAGAGCCAGAACAGUCCCAUUCUAAUACAAGUACCCUUACAGAGAGAGAACCAAGUUCAUCUAGUCUCUGUAGUAUUGAUGAAGAGCAUCUCACAGACAUUGAAAUAGUACGAAAAGUCUUUUCUUCUAAAAGAAGCCAUGUUAAUUUUGUCACAGAGAUCUUUCGACAGGCAUUUUUAUUACCAAUUUGUGAAGCAGCUGCUAUGAGGAAAGUGGUGAAAGUGUAUCAGGAAUGGAUUCAGCAGGAGGAGAAACCUUUGUUCAUGAAAGAGCCUGAAGAAAUUGAGAUUACUUCCAUAAAUUUACCUUGCAUUGAGAGUGAUGUAGAAGCUGACGUUUUAUCAGAAGAAGGAAAAGAAAAAGAGGAGGAAAAAGUGACCAAAUCAUCUAGUCAUGUCCGAAAUUCCAAUUGGACAAAAAAUGGCUCCUAUCAAAAUGCUCUCCAUAAAGGUUCUGACAUGGAGGAUGCAGACCAAAAUAUACGAGCUGGUGCCCAGUUAGUAUUUCAGGUUUUUAUAGUCAACUCAUCAAAUAUAUUUCUUCUUGAACCUGCAAAUGAAAUUAAAAGUCUUUUGGAUGAGCACACAGAUAUGUGUAAACGUAUUCUUAAUAUUUAUCGAUUCAUGGUUGUACAAAUAUCAAUGGAUAAGAAGACUUGGGAACAGAUGCUGCUUGUAUUGCUCAGAGUUACAGAAUCUGUUCUGAAGAUGCCAUCACAAAUUUUUCUGCAAUACCAAGGAAGAAAAAAUACGACACUAGCGGGUCGACUUGCAGGACCUCUUUUUCAGACUCUUAUAGUAGCCUGGAUCAAAGCAAAUCUAAAUGUGUAUAUCUCCCGGGAGCUUUGGGAUGACUUGCUCUCUGUGCUGUCAUCACUCACAUAUUGGGAAGAGUUGGCUACCGAGUGGUCAUUGACUAUGGAGACACUAACUAAAGUAUUAGCUAGAAAUUUAUAUAGCUUGGACCUAAAUGAUUUACCACUGGAUAAGCUAAGUGAACAGAAACAGAAAAAGCACAAAGGCAAAGGAGUCGGACAUGAAUUCCAAAAGACAUCUGUUGACAAGUCAUUUUCCAAAGGAUGGAGCCGUGAUCAACCUGGUCAAGCCCCAAUGAGACAGCGAAGUGCAACCACUACUGGAUCUCCAGGAACUGAAAAGGCAAGAAGUAUAGUUCGACAGAAAACAGUUGACAUUGAUGAUGCCCAAAUACUUCCCCGAACAACUAGAGUCAGACAUUUUUCACAAAGUGAGGACACUGGAAAUGAAGUUUUUGGUCCUUUGAAUGAGGAACAGCCAUUGCCACGAAGUAGCAGCACCUCUGACAUCUUGGAUCCAUUCACUGUUGAACGAGCCAAAGGUGCAGUUCCUGUCAUUGACAGUUCAUCCCGUCAUGUGCCAAGCUUGCAGAGUUCCACAGAGGCCUCUUCAGUAUCUAGAUCCACUGAAAGCUGCAUCAUUGAUUCUAAUAGUAGAGAGUCUUCUCUGGAAGUUGGUGAUAGCAUUUAUGACCAUCUUUGUCAUUUAAUAGGUCCAGUAGAACUUGUAGAUACAGCUUUUGAACAGAUCAAGUAUAGUGACCUUGAAGAAGAUGAUGAUCUUCUUUCUUCUCUGAAAGAAUAUCUUAAGGAAAAACAAGAAAAUCAUAGUAAUUAUAAUAUAGGUAGACUUGCAACUUCUCAGGAAGUUAUUGCAUCAGUAAAUAGGAAUGAGAGAUUGACUAGAUUAGAUUGUGUAGAUCAGACAGUUAAACCAGAAGAUAACACCCCUGUUCUAGAAAUGGCGGAGAAUAUAGAGUUUCAACUAGAACGAAAUCCAGGUGAUUUCAUAAGUAACAUUACACGCAAUCAAUCAUACAAUUUCACAAGAUCUCAGGCUUUUGGUAAAUCCAAGCACGUAUACACUGAACCUGAAUCAAGUUGUCCAUAUGAUAAAGAAGGAAAAAGAUACCUUCACAGACAAACAGCUACUGAAGGAGAUAUAGGUAUGGACAUAACAUUAGCUGAAAAGCUUAAAGGUAUCCACAUUAAUGAAAAAAUUACUGUUCCAUGUGUUAUGGAUGUCAAGAAAGUUCCACUAAAAUCUCCGGUUAAUUAUGAAAUACCUCAUAUUAUGGAUCCCUGCAAACUUUCUCCAACCAAAAGGAGCCUUUCUGAAACAGUGAGUUAUAGGGCCAAAAUCAUGAAAAAUACCACUAAGAAAAGAAAUAGUGUCCACGUUACCUUUAGGCCAGCUACUGAAUCAGUUCAGUUUUACAACCCUCUAGAAAAUAAAGAGGCUCCAUGGAAGGCAAGACUACGCAAGUUCAGUGGCUUCAGUAGUAGCAGCAGUACCAGUAGCAGUGGCACCAGUACUAACAUUAGCUCAAAUACUGCCACAGAACUAGUCAAGCCUGGUGUAUAUAGACCUUUGGAUGUAAUGAGUACAGCAUCAACAAAUAGUAAACCAGUUAAGGAUUCUGCAGAGAUACAUGCAACCAUAUUACAGAAAGAAGGUUUUACAGUUAAUCAUUCAAGUAGUCGUAGUGCUCUUAGGUCUUCAAGUCAUGAGUUAGGUCUACAACAGGGAUCCCUGGGUGGCGUUUAUAAAACUGUUGUACAUGCUCUUUCGAAGCCGAAGGCAAAUGUUUCCCCACAGAGGCAGAACAGAGUGCCACCAGAGGCUCCACUGAGGGAUCUGUACAGUCAUGUAAUGGGCUAUUUUGGAAGGAAAGCUGCAGCCAGUAAAGAGGACAUGAGUCAAAAGCUGCACCUUCUUAACAGUGACAUUGGCAGCAGCAGUACUAACAUUCCUGACCUGAUGGAUGAGUUUAUAGCUGAAAGACUCCGAAGUGGUAAUACAUUGAAUAUGACAAGAAGAGGGAGCAGUCCAGGCAGCCUUGAAGUCCCAAAAGACCUCCCUGAUAUACUGAACAAGCAGAAUCAGAUGCGUCCUAUAGAUGAUCCAGGUGUGCCCUCAGAAUGGACCUCUCCUGCCAGUGCAGGCAGCAGUGACCUUAUCAGCUCAGAUAGCCAUUCAGAUUCUUUCAGCGCUUUCCAGUAUGAUGGCCGGAAAUUUGACAAUUUUGGCUUUGGAGUUGAUGCUGGGACACUAUCUUCUACUGAAGUUGAUGCAAGUUUAGGACAUCAGCAGAGUACAGAAGAACUUGAUGCGGCAAGUUUAACUACAUUGCACAUAGAUUCUGAAACAAGCAGUCUUAACCAACAGCUAUUUUCUGCUGAAGUUGCAACUAUUACUGGUUCAGAAAGUGUUUCCCCAAUCCAUUCUGUUCUGGGAUCCAGAUCACAGACACCAUCUCCUGCUAAUCUGAGUGCAGAUCACAUUGAACAGAAAGACCUGCAAUUGGAUGAGAAGCUCCAGCACUCUGUUUUGCAAACCCCAGAUGAUCUAGAAACAAGUGAGUUCCCGUCUGAAUGUUGCAGUGUGAUGGCAGGAGGUACUCUCACAGGAUGGCAUGCAGAUGUUGCUACUGUGAUGUGGAGAAGAAUGCUAGGCAUUUUGGGAGAUGUUAACACUAUUAUGGAUCCUGAAAUACAUGCUCAAGUGUUUGAUUACUUGUGUGAGCUUUGGCAGAAUUUAGCCAAGAUUAGAGAUAAUCUUGGCAUUUCAUCUGAUAAUAUGACCUCACCCCCUCCACCAGUUUUAAUACCUCCUCUGAGAAUCCUUACUCCUUGGCUUUUCAAGGCAACUAUAUUGACUGAUAAAUACAAGCAAGGCAAAUUACAUGCCUAUAAACUUAUUUGCAACACAAUGAAAAGAAGACAAGAUGUAUCACCAAAUAGAGACUUUUUAACACACUUCUAUACUAUAAUGCAUUGCGGACUACUCCAUGUUGAUCAGGAUAUCGUUAAUACAAUCAUCAAGCACUGCUCCCCUCAGUUUUUUUCACUUGGUUUGCCUGGUGCCACAAUGCUUAUUAUGGAUUUUAUUGUAGCAGCUGGUAGAGUAGCUUCUUCAGCAUUUCUUAAUGCACCAAGAGUAGAAGCACAAGUUCUGCUGGGGUCCCUUGUCUGCUUUCCCAAUUUGUAUUGUGUACUACCAGCUCUUCAUCCAAACAUGCCUGAUAUUGCUGUGUCUCAGUUCACAGAUGUUAAGGAGCUCAUAAUCAAAACUGUGUUAAGUUCAGCAAGAGAUGAACCCUCUGGUCCUGCAAGAUGUGUUGCUCUCUGUAGUUUAGGAAUUUGGAUCUGUGAAGAAUUAGUUCAUGAAUCUCAUCAUCCUCAAAUUAAGGAAGCUCUGAAUGUAAUUUGUGUUUCCUUAAAGUUUCCUAAUAAAACUGUAGCCCAUGUGGCUUGCAACAUGCUUCAUAUGCUGAUUCAAUAUGUACAUAGGCUUCAGAUUUAUCAGCCUGAUUCACCCUUGAAAAUUAUUCAAAUACUGAUAGCCACUGUUACUCAUCUUUUACCCAGUACAGAAGCCUCGUCUUAUGAAAUUGACAAAAGGUUGGUGGUAUCAUUACUUCUGUGUUUAUUGGACUGGAUCAUGGCUUUGCCUUUAAAGACACUACUCCAGCCAGUUCAUGCAACAGGAGCUGAAAAUGAUAAAACAGAAAAGUCUGUCCUCAAUUGUAUUUAUAAGGUUCUUCAUGGGUGUGUUUAUGGAGCUCAAUGUUUCAGCAAUCCUAAGUACUUUCCCCUAAGCCUCUCUGAUUUGGCUUCGAUUGAUUAUGAUCCUUUCAUGCAUUUGGAAAGUCUGAAAGAGCCUGAACCUCUUCAUUCCCCUGAUUCGGAACGAUCUUCAAAACUCCAGCCAGUCACAGAAGUAAAAACUCAGAUUCAACAAGGAUUAAUCUCAGUUGCAGCUCGUACUGUUAUAACACACCUGGUAAACCACUUAGGUCAUUAUCCAAUGAAUGGUGGUCCUGCUAUGCUAACAAGUCAGGUUUGUGAAAAUCAUGACAAUCAUUACAGUGAAAGUUCUGAACUUUCUCCUGAGCUUUUUGAGAGUCCAAAUCUCCAGUUUUUUGUAUUGAACAACACAACAUUGGUAUCCUGUAUCCAGAUAAGAUCAGAAGAGAAUAUGCCUGGAGGAGGAUUAUGUGCUGGGCUCACUUCAGCUAAUUCAAAUGUCAGAAUUAUAGUUCGUGAUUUGUCAGGUAAAUAUUCAUGGGACUCUGCCAUCCUUUAUGGACCACCUUCUGUAAGAUAUCCCUCAGAACCAGUUUCAUUCAUGCUUUCAUUGUCUCACCAAGAGAAGCCAGAAGAUACUCCAACUUCUAGUGACUAUCCAGAGGAUAUAACUGUUAGAGAUGGACUUGCACUCCAGAUUAAGAGGAGAUUCAGAGAAACAGUGCCAACCUGGGAUACAAUAAGAGAUGAAGAGGAUGUUCUUGAUGAGCUCCUCCAAUAUUUAGGUGUUACUAGUCCUGAAUGCUUACAAAGGACUGGUGUCUCACUCAACAUUCCUGCUCCACAACCUGUAUGCAUCUCUGAAAAACAAGAAAAUGAUGUUAUCAAUGCCAUCCUUAAGCAGUACACGGAGGAGAGGGAAUUUGUUGAAAAGUACUUCAGUGACUUAAAUAUGAAAGCUGUGGAACAAGAUGAGCCAACACCUCAGAAGUCUCAGUCAGCAUUUUAUUAUUGCAGAUUGCUCCUCAGUAUAUUGGGAAUGAAUUCCUGGGACAAAAGGAGGAGCUUUCAUCUCCUGAAGAAAAAUGAAAAACUCCUUAGAGAACUCAGAAACUUGGACUCAAGACAGUGCCGAGAGACGCACAAGAUUGCUGUAUUUUAUGUGGCCGAGGGACAAGAAGAUAAACACUCCAUUCUCACUAAUACUGGAGGAAGUCAGGCAUAUGAGGAUUUUGUAGCUGGUCUUGGUUGGGAGGUAAAUCUAACAAAUCACUGUGGUUUUAUGGGAGGACUGCAAAAAAACAAAAGCACUGGAUUGACCACUCCAUACUUUGCUACUUCUACAGUAGAAGUAAUGUUUCAUGUCUCAACACGAAUGCCUUCUGAUUCUGAUGACUCUUUAACCAAAAAAUUGCGACACUUAGGAAAUGAUGAAGUGCACAUUGUUUGGUCAGAGCAUACUAGAGACUAUAGAAGAGGAAUUAUCCCUACAGAAUUUGGUGAUGUCCUUAUUGUAAUAUAUCCAAUGAAAAACCACAUGUUCAGUAUCCAGAUAAUGAAAAAACCUGAGGUUCCAUUCUUCGGUCCACUUUUUGAUGGUGCUAUUGUAAAUGGAAAAAUCCUUCCCAUUAUGGUUCGAGCUACAGCUAUAAAUGCAAGCCGUGCAUUGAAAUCACUGAUCCCAUUGUACCAAAAUUUCUAUGAAGAGAGAGCACGGUACCUUCAAUCAAUUGUCCAGCACCACCUCGAGCCAACCACAUUUGAGGAUUUUGCUGCACAAGUUUUCUCUCCAGCUCCCUAUCAUCACUCAACAUCUGAUACAGGCUCCUGCCAGGAGACUCUACCCAGUGAAACUUCAACAGCAUCGCAGAUGGAUGGGACCGACUUAGCUUCUCCAAUGUCUCCACGAACCAGCAAGAGCAGAAUGUCUAUGAAGCUUCGCCGCUCCUCUGGCUCUGCCAAUAAAUCCUAAGGAGACAAGCAGUUCUGCAGCUUUUUUGAACAACAAACAUUAGUCUUGAGCAGUUGAAUUAGCAUUGAUAAUAUUUUCCCCCAGAAUUUAGCUAGAUAUAUGUCUACCAUCACACACAUGCUCCUUCAUGUAUACUUAUUUUAGAAAACACCAAUAUUUUAUUUGUAACUCAAUAUUUUAGCUUCGAAAUUACUGUGGAAUUUUUAGUUACACCCUAAGCUUCCUCUUUUUUGGUGCAGUUUAUAUACUGUACCCUUUAAUUUUCUUGAUAAUUAUGUCUAAAUUGUCACUUUUAACUUCAUGGUUAACAAUGAACCAAAAUAUAAUUGGAGAAAAUUCUUUAUUGUACCCCCAUUGUAACUUUGUUAGCAAGCUAAAUAUGUACAAUUUUUUUAAAUGUACAAUUUUAAAUUUAAGCAUUUGUAAAGUCCAAACAAAAGACACAAAUUUGUUCAUGCACAGGAUGUGUGUAGAUUAUUUAUGUUAUGAAAAUAAAGUAAUCAAAAUAAAUGGUCUUUUAGUAUUUCACUUUCCACAUGAAAAUUUUUUUAUUAGGUUUUCUUUCCCAAAACAGUGUCUCAUUUCCUAGCCAUGUGGGUAAUACCAUGACAAAUCAAAAAAUGAGAAUAAUCACUGUGCUGCACUCUGACUUAUGCUUGCCUUCCAAUUAUUUUUUAUAACAUUUCCCUUUUAAAAUGGUAUCACUGUUCAAUGCCAUUCUGUUUUGAAAUUGUGGCCCUGAUAAUCUGGCCACAGGAUCUUGGUGGAUCAAUAAUUUUUUUCUUAUAUAUGGAAAAAGAAGUAUUUUUCCAAUGUAACUUCCUUGCUCAAAAUUAUGUGUACUAUUAAAGAAGAUAAAGGAAUAUUAUCCAGGAGUCAUACUUUAAUCUAUUGUUAAUAUUGAGCUUAGAGGUGUGGAUCAGUACACGAUCCGUUCCUCCAGAAGUAUUUUCCUACAACAGAUGAGCUGCUCGUAUUUUGUGUUGAGUAGCAUCUCCUAAGGAAAUGUAGCAUGGCAUUGGUUCUAACUGCAUGUGUAAAUACAUCAUACAGGCAACCACAGAAAUAUAAAUUAUGUAUGGUCAUUCAUGUAGUAUCUACAGAUUUGUAAUUGUUGAAAAGAUGACAUAAUAUUUAAUAAUACAAUAAAAAAUUAUUCUUACCAA